AUGAGGGAUCAGGAGAAAAUUCAGUGCAUGGAAUGCCAUUGUACUGGCGUCUUGCGGAGGCUAGAAGGAAAUGCAAUCCUGGUUCCAGAGAAAUCAAAACCACUCUACCGUUAUCAUGACGUCGCAAAAUUCGAACUCAAACCUCACGGAUCAUCAACAGACAAGCAGAAAUAUACCUACGUUUUUUUCGGAUUUUUAUUCUGGCAGACGAUUAUUCUCGCUACGAAUUAUGCCGGCCUUGAAAAGCUUGGGCCAACGCUGACGUUCAAAACGUUGAGUUGUGGGAGAAGCUACAAAGAUUAUUCGAAAAUUUGUGCUGAUCUAUGUCCGAAAAUUCACGAAGAAGAUGUUUUGAAAUGUCAAACUUUGUGCAGAGCUUUGUUAAGUGAUGGUGGAGAAAUUGAUGGAGUUUGCCCGUUUGAAAAGACCUGCCCUCAUGGUUGUCCUUGUCCGUUUUUCGAAUGUGAAAGUGUAGAAACACGAGAGAUGACCUUUGGAUGGUAUUACAAUGAAACAGAUCCACUGUUUGAACUCAAAAAGAAUGCUCCACUGACCAAGGAACCAGAAAGAGAAGCCGAUCAGUUUACCCCAGUAGUACCAAAAUAUCGUCAUCUAUCUCGACUUGUUUCUUUUGAUAUGAAGUCGAAGCAGAAAUUAAAAGUUUACAGAAGAGUUAUACUUGUUGCGAUGGGUUACCAUGCGGUAGUAACAGAUUUGAUUCAUUUGCCAAAGAAUACUAAUAAUCUUAUUAUUUCGACUGAUAAUUUCGAUUUACAAAUGAAACCGCUAUUCUAUAACGGAGAAAACUAUUUAAUCGAUGGUCAUCUAAGAACAUUUGUACUUCGUUCAGGUAGCACGGAAUUUCAAGAAUUCGACACGGACCAUAAAUUGUUUCUUCGACGUAAUGGCUUUUCCGGGGUUUUUAACUGGUAUUCACAUAUGAGUCUAAGUGUCGCUGGUGUCUAUGACGAUAAAUUUUGGUUUUGUGGAACGAUGAAAUAUCCGUCAACAUGCUAUUUCAUGGACUUAAAACAACGGGGACAAAAAAGUAUUUUCGAAGCAAAGGGCAAAGCUCGUCGGGAACAAUAUACGACAAUCGGACACGGUAUGAGAAGACGUAUGUUUAUCAUGGAGAAAAAGCUUACUAUUUUGAACCUGAAUCUCGUCUCAAGAAACAUAGAGUUCACCACAAUGGAGUCGCCAGAUAUAGACUGGAGCUCUUGGACAUUCGAAGACCCCCAAUGGGAGUACGAAUUUAGAAACAAGACAUUUGCGGAGCUUAAGGAUUACGCUUAUGGAGAAUCAUUAUUUCUUGAGCAUUUUGCUUAUGAUACUCAUUUGAAUGAUUUCUAUCCAAUUCCAGAUCGUAAGGGUAUUCUUUUUGUUGCAAUUUUCCGACAUCGAGAAUUCGAAAGAGGAUGUAAAUUCCCGAGAAAAAAAUGUGAAUCUCUCAAUGAUCACUAUGCAAUUUGGACUCGAGCAAAUUAUUUCAUUAUUCUCUACAGAUACAGCCACGGCCGCUUUCUUCAAGUCUCAAAAAUGGAAACUGAUUUCAGCUAUGAAUACAAACCUUACAAAAAGAAAUCUAUCAACAAAGACAAAAUGGCUGGAGGAGCACGAAUGCGAGUUGCAAAUCAAAUCAACGAAAAGAAGGUUCUCAAGCGCGGAAACGUCCCCACUAGCUUGAAAGAGACGAACGAAAACAAAGCUCCCGUCGGACCCUACCUCCUCGCUCUCUUCAUCUUCGUUGUCUGCGGCUCGGCAAUUUUCGAAAUCAUUAUGAAGGUUCAGGCUUUUGCUGGCCAGCAGUAA